UCACAGGAUUCUUGAAUAGCAAGUGAAAGAGAAGGAUUCGAGACUGGAGUUGCGUUUGUUGACCGGCUGUCCUUGUGCGUGACAAGCACCGCCUCCACAUCGCACGGCCACAGCACGCUCCAUCAACCAUCUGACAUAGCAAGCGCACUUAUGUGAAUCCAGCAAAUGGUUCAGCUCUCUUUGCUUGAAGGAGUGCGAGCGGACAUAUGCGAUGAGGGUACCGUUGUGGCUGUACCAGCUGACGCGCGGCAGCCACACUCCCGUAUCGACCUCAUCAGGCAUCCAUCUCACCCGGCUGACAUGCUGAAAGCAUAGAUAACAAUUGCCUAUGGAAUCUGUAGGACUACUGUAAAUGUUUCGCAACGUUGUCAUCACAGCAGCCGCAAACACCACCAUGGGCCACCCAACAACACCUUCUGAGGCCGCUCCGGCCUACGACGAGCACGUCUUCAACCACGAGCACCCUGUGAAUGCAUUCCCACCCUCAGGGUCAGUCUCCGCCUACGCGACUGUCCCGCAAAACGAGCCUGAUAUCGAAAUGGCACACAAUCACACUGCGCAAGCAUCGUCAACCCCACCAAACUCAUUCACACCGCACCAACACUGCGAGACAUGCGAUACCCUUACGUCGGCGCGUGAGGUUAGAGCGAACAAACAGCACUGCUGCAUGUGGGUUUCUGUUGUGUUCAUGACGAUUAGCGUAUCGUUGCUACUCUUGGGAAUUGUCGCUGUGAACGCCAAGUACAAACAUCAGAAAGACUAAAAUGCAAUGAUGCUACUGGUGCGGACGCCUUUCCUUCCAUCCUUACUGUUCUUGGGCCAGUAUUGCGGCGCUUGAGGCAAGCUCACACUUCAUAACUCAAUCGUAACAUUUCAGUCCAUGUUAAGUGGCGGUCUUGUGGAUCAUGUGUCCUUAUUGCAGUGAUGUUCUUCUCUCCCUAGCCUUUGUUCAGCCAAGGCUCUUAGUUUGCGUCCCUAUACAUGCUCGCAACGGUUGUAUCCUCCUUCCAACGCAUCCUGGUGCUAGUGCGCACCAGCUGCGGUGGCACCAGUAUCCAUCUCCUCGAGUCUUCGCAGGUCCAUCGGCGCAUCGAGCAGUGGGAGGACGUAUGGGUCGAAAGUCUUCCAGUAUGGGUUGUUCAAGUGGUAUUGCUGAGA